AUGGCUCUUCCACCAAAGUUCUCCGGACAGCUCCUGGCCUCAACAUCCGGCAGCGAAGCAAAGCAUACAAUUGAACUCUAUCUCGAUUAUGUCUGUCCUUUCAGUGCCAAAAUCUUCAAGACUUUCUAUGGUAGUGUCGCACCGGUUAUCGAGGAGAAAUACACAGAUCCAGGCAUCCGCGUCAUCUUCCGCCAGCAGAUCCAGCCAUGGCAUCCCUCCUCGACAUUGACGCACGAAGCCGGGGUUGCUGUGCUGAGGACUGCGCCCCAGUCUUUCUGGCCAUUCUCGAAGAAAUUGUUCGAUAACCAGAAAGAUUACUUUGAUGUCAAUGUUGUGAACGAGAGCCGCAAUGAAACCUACAAGAGGCUUGCGAAGUUGGCCGGUUCGGUCGAUGGUGUCGACGAGAAGACCAUCCUGGAUCUACUUUUGGUGACUGACACGCCGGGUGAGGAUGGCAGCCUCAACAUCGGCAACAAGGUCACGGAUGACGUGAAGUUCCAGGUGAAGGCGAACCGAGUGACAGGCGUUCAUGUCACACCAACAGUUUUGUUCAACGGGGUCGAGGAACGGAGCAUCAGCUCCUCUUGGACUUUCGAGCAAUGGGACGAGUGGCUGAAGAAGAACGCAACUUGA